AUGAAGUUCGCUUUUUCCAUUGCCACAGCGGCUGUGCUCGCUGCACCCGUGUUCGCCGCCCCAGCAUCAAAUUCCGCCAUAAACGACAAACGUUGGAACAACGAGUCCCAUACCCAGGCGUAUGGUAAGGAUGUCAAGGAACCCAAAUACUUCACCUCUGCGUUCUCUACCCGAGCUGUUCCUAGUGAAGUCUUUGCAAACAACGGUACGGCAGUUACCGGACAAGCUGGAGCCUUUGGACAUUUUGGUUUCAGAAUCAAUAGCGACAGCGACAUCAUUUGCUAUGAUAUAAAGCUUGUCAAUGUCACUGGUGAAUACCUCAGCCCCGCUUUCACAGCCACACACAUUCAUCAGGGUCCCCGCGGCUCAGCUGGACCACCUCGUAUCGCUUUUCCUAAUCCGGUGAAGGUUGUAAACGAUCAUACAGGCGCUGAGAUUCGACACAGCAAGGGAUGUCUUCAAGGGCCCUUCAGCACCAAUAUUACUGUCAACGGAACUGACACCGGCAGUAACUCCGGGUUUACUCUCAAAGACAUUGAAGAUUCCUCGUCUUCGUUCUUCGCAGAUACACACACCGCUCAAUUCCCUGCUGGUGCCGUUCGUGGUCAGCUCUUGCAUUCCGAGGUCCCUGUUAAGAGGCCCAACUACUUUACUUCCACCCUCAAGACCGAAGCUACCAGCGGCCAAGUUGUAAACGGAAGUAGUGUCAGCGUAGCUGGAUCGACCGGUACCAAAGCGCAUUACACUUUACAUAUCAACUCGGAGGAGGAGAUCUUAUGUUACGAGAUCGCCGUGGAAGGCUUCCCGGAGGAUCAAGAAUACUUCAGUCCAGCAAAGACUGCCACUCACAGUCACAGUGGUGUUUAUGGUUUGACCGGACCUCCUAGAUUAGCCUUUAACAAUCCGGAAUUCGUAAAGAAUGAUGAUUGGAAGUCAAUCAAGGUGCUCAAGAAGCUAUUGGGCAAGAACAAGGCUGAAAAAGGUUUACGCAUCUCAGCGGCCUGUGUCAAAGGACCGUUCACUACCGGUUUACUUGACGUGAACGGCACAGACACCGGUUCCGCCUCUGGAUUCACUUUGAAACGACUCGAGGACGAUCCAUCAUCUUUCAACGCCGAUUUCCAUACAAGUAAAUUCGUUGCGGGCGCCGUACGAGGCCAGCUUUUCCGCCCGUGA